UCAUCUAACGGAAAGAUCAUCCCGGAAUCAGAGCCAAUCUACACGGUGUCUGCGCGUGAGUCGCUUUAUCUAACAUGUGGACUCAAAGCGCUUUUAUUAUAUGGACUGCGAUGGUUCUUCAUUUGUCUAUCAUAAAAGGUCAGACCACAGGCUCAUCCCCAGAUGUGAGAUCCCCUCUGAAUGAAGUCCGUCCGAAAAAUCGCACGACUUCAGAAAGUGACAUUUUGGAAUCACGAGCCACUACAGCCUAUCAAAGCGUCUCCUCUCCUUCAGCGGAUAUCACAACGGAGGUCACACCUACAGUUCCUCCUCCAUCACAGUCAUCCAAAGACGCUGUAGUGCACAAUGACACCUCUCCUUUACCAGCCAUCUCACAGACCCCUGCGCUACAAGAUGUCACCACCCUCAACACGGACACAGCCUCGGUACCAGGUUCUUCUGCUAGCAGCCCGUCAAUUUCUUAUUUGAAGAGCACCGCUUCAUAUUCAGUAACCACCAGAGCUCCUGCAACAUCCAUCAGUCCAAGUGAAGGACCUCAGACAGUUUCUACUCCAGCCAGCAGCGUGAUCCAGACAACACAAACAGCUCCACCAUUCACCCCCACUUACCCUCAGACAUCACAGGUCGCCCUGACCAGCAGUUCAAAGGUCACUGGACCUGCUCCUUUGGAAGACCAGGAUGAACCUUCUGAACUGGAUGUGGGGGAUCAAGAGUCAGGGAAGGUUCCCCACCGCCCUGCAUCACCCCUGGACCCCCUGCUCGCUGCUCUGGUCACCAUUUUCAUUAUUUGCACUGCCAUGGUCUCAGCCGUCCUCUUCCUCAGGUUCCGUCAGCGGAGUGAGCAUCCAGAAUUCCACCGGCUUCAAGACCUCCCUAUGGAUGAUCUCCUAGAAGACACGCCAUUGUCAAGAUACACCUAUUAGCAAGAGUGAAUUCCACUAUUUCAUUAUCUGAUUCCUCAGGCAACCAGUGUUGUUGUUAUUGGUGCAAAUCCCCUGAAAAAUGGCUUUCAAAACUGAUCUCUGAUUCUGGGUUUUUCUGGGCUUCGAUGCUAAAAUGUGGUUGUGUAAUAUUGGAAUAAAAAAUUUAGUUAUUUUACUACAUUAUGAAACCCAUUCAAAUAAAACAAGGGUUCCAGAAAAUAGAAUAAAAUAAGAUAAUCAGUCUUAUUCCAUGUUAAAAACUUCACAGUUUCUUAAUAAACAGGUGUUUAGUCAGAAGAAAAUAGAACUAAUAUACUUUUUAUUCACCUUAAGAUUCUCUACAAAUGUAGAGAAACUAUAACAAACACUUUCUCUACAAACAUGACGUAGAAGAAACAAUUCGCAUUUUAGUAACUUAGAGAGUUUUCUGGAGAUAAUUUGCUUGUUUUUUCCCUUUAUUAGACACUAUAUUUAUACUUAAGGAAUUGCUUAAUAUUAUGAUGCUAUCAUUUGGUUAAUCUUAAACCUAAACUCUUGAGGUGCGGUCACAUUUACCGUCGUUUGGCAAGUUUUCACUGGCAAAAUCCAGUCAUUUCAAAAGGUUUCAAUGCAAUCAGGAUUUUCAGGUAAAGGCGAAAGAUAUUCCUCAUGCAGAUUUCACAGUUCAAGUUAUUCACACAAAUGCACAGCUUUGACCAAAAUUACUACACUAUUGAUAGUUCGGACGACAGACCAUUUUUGUCCACAAAAUUUUGCUAAUAUGACCGCACCUUAACUUUUAUAUAACGUUUUAUUCUAGAGGUCUAAAAUUUCUUGAAUCUACAAAAACAAGUUUUUUUUUUCUUUUUAGGUGCUUCGGCUUAUUUUCCAAGAGUAUUUUUUUAAAAACAGUUCCCUGGGUUUAGCAUAAAUGUCUCUGGACCUUUGCACUGUUAGAGCUAUGAUGUUGUAGAAGGGAAAAUGUUCAUUUUUAUGUGACGGUGUUCUAGAAUGAGAACAAAUUUGGAUUAAACUGAAUUGUGAUUUUGAUAUUUAUGACAAAGUUGAUUGUCCAGAUCGAUAAUGAAGGUAUGUGAAUUAACUUGAAAUGUAUUUUAGCAUCUUCACUUCUGUCUAUGCUGGUAUUUGUGGUAAACCUAGUGCCUAAUGUACUUUGUGCCAAAACUGAUUUGCGGUAAACAAACUGAUAAAUAUAUAUUGCACAGUUGUGUUGUUGAGAAGAACCUGUAAAAAUAGGAGUUUGUAAUAAAAUAAGAAAACUA